CCCGGAAACAGCGCCGGCCGGCGGCAAAGCGGCGGCGGCUGCCGCGGAGGGAAGUCGCCUCAGGUCCUGCGCCCUCGCCGCCGCCCGGGCGGGUUGGCUUGGCUUGGCUUGGCGCGGAGGGCGGCAUGGAAGCGGUGCCCCGCGAGGAGAAGCCCAACCCGCUGCGGGAUGCCAACCUCUGCUCCCGGCUCUUCUUCUGGUGGUUGAAUCCUUUAUUUAUUAUUGGCCAUAAACGGAAGCUUGAAGAAGAUGAUAUGUAUAAAGUGCUGCCAGAAGAUUCCUCAGAGAAGCUUGGAGAGGAGUUGCAGUGGUACUGGGAUAAAGAGGUGCAAAAAGCAAAAAAGAGAGGAAAAACGCCACAUUUAACAAAAGCCAUUAUUCUUUGUUACUGGAAAUCCUAUUUAGUUUUUGGAAUUUUCACAAUGAUUGAGGAAACCCUCAAAAUAAUUCAGCCAAUAUUUUUGGGAAAAAUUAUUAAUUAUUUUGAAAACUAUGAUUCCUCAGAUGAGGUAGCUUUGAAUUUUGCAUAUUGCUACGCAGCUGCUCUGUCUGUGUGCACGCUUAUUCUAGCUAUAAUGCACCACUUAUACUUCUAUCAUGUACAGCGGGCUGGCAUGAAGCUGAGGGUAGCUAUGUGUCACAUGAUUUAUCGGAAGGCACUUCGUCUCAGUAACGUAGCUAUGGCAAAAACUACCACUGGUCAAAUAGUGAAUCUUCUGUCAAAUGAUGUGAACAAAUUUGAUCAGGUAACAAUUUUCUUGCACUUCUUGUGGGCUGGACCAAUUCAAGCUGUAGCAGUAACAGUACUUCUCUGGAUGGAGAUAGGCCCAUCAUGUCUUGCAGGAAUGGCAGUUCUGAUUAUUCUUCUUCCCGUCCAGACCUGCAUUGGGAGGCUUUUUUCUUCCCUAAGAAGCAAGACAGCUGCCUUAACAGAUGUCAGGAUUAGGACCAUGAAUGAAGUCAUAAGUGGUAUGAAGAUAAUAAAGAUGUAUGCUUGGGAAAAAUCAUUUGCGGAACUUGUGAAUGGUUUAAGAAGGAAGGAGAUUGCCAUGGUUAUGAAAAGCUCCUACCUUCGAGGACUGAACUUAGCCUCAUUUUUUGUGGCAAGCAAAAUAACAGUGUUCAUGACUUUCAUGGCAUAUGUACUGCUUGGCAAUGUUAUCUCUGCAAGUCGGGUGUUUGUUGCAGUGUCCCUGUAUGGUGCAGUAAGACUGACAGUAACUCUGUUCUUCCCUUCGGCUGUUGAGAGAGUAUCCGAGGCAGUGGUUAGCAUACGACGAAUCAAGAACUUUCUGAUACUUGAUGAGAUCUCACCCUUCAAGCCACAACUACAUGGUAAUAAUGAGAAUGUCGUUCUUCAUGUUCAGGAUUUGACUUGCUAUUGGGAUAAGAGUUCAGAAAGCCCAGCACUUCAACAACUUUCAUUUACUGUCAGACGAGGGGAAUUAUUGGCUGUGAUUGGUCCUGUAGGAGCUGGCAAAUCUUCGCUCUUAAGUGCUGUGCUUGGUGAGCUACCUAAAGACAAAGGUUUGAUAAAUGUUACUGGAAGAAUUGCCUAUGUUUCUCAGCAGCCUUGGGUGUUUUCUGGUACAGUAAGAAGUAAUAUACUGUUUGACAAGGAAUAUGAAAAAGAAAAAUACGAAAAAGUUUUAAAAGUCUGUGCUCUUAAAAAGGACUUGGAAUUAUUAGCAAAUGGUGACCUAACAGUAAUAGGAGAUCGUGGAGCUACGCUGAGUGGGGGACAGAAAGCCCGUGUAAAUCUGGCCAGAGCUGUGUAUCAAGAUGCAGACAUCUAUCUUUUGGACGAUCCACUGAGUGCAGUAGAUGCUGAAGUUGGAAGACAUUUGUUUGAAAAAUGUAUUUGUCAGGCCUUACAUCAGAAGAUCUCUGUUUUGGUUACUCACCAGUUGCAGUAUCUCCGUGCUGCAAAUCAGAUUCUAAUUUUAAAAGAUGGUAAAAUGGUGGGGAAAGGUACCUAUUCAGAGUUCCUGAGAUCUGGCAUCGACUUUGCUUCCCUUUUGAAAAAAGAUGAGGAGGUAGAACAGCCGUCAGUUCCAGGGACUCCCAACCUGAAGUCUGUCCGGAGCCGAACCUUCUCAGAGUCCUCUGUCUGGUCCCAGGAUUCUUCUGCCCACUCACAGAAAGAUGGAGCAGUGGAGCAACCACCUGCUGAAAACGCACUGGCUGCAGUGCCAGAGGAGAGUCGCUCUGAGGGAAAAAUAAACUUUAAGGUUUACAGAAAAUAUUUCACUGCAGGAGCAAACUACUUCGUGAUUUUAAUACUUCUAAUAUUCAAUAUUUUGGCACAGGUGGCAUACGUGCUCCAGGACUGGUGGCUUUCUUACUGGGCAAAUCAUCAAGAAAAGUUGAACGUCACAACAAAUGGAGAUAAUGGAGAAAAUGAGACUGAACAUCUAGACCUUAACUUUUAUUUGGGAAUUUACGCAGGUUUAACGGUGGCUACAAUACUGUUUGGCAUAGUAAGAAGUCUUUUGGUGUUUCAAGUUCUUGUUAAUUCUGGUCAGACGUUGCACAACAAAAUGUUUCAAUCCAUUUUGAAAGCUCCCGUCUUGUUUUUUGACAGAAAUCCUAUAGGAAGAAUCUUAAAUCGUUUCUCCAAAGAUAUUGGCCACCUGGAUGACUUGCUUCCAUUGACAUUUUUGGACUUCAUGCAGUGAAUUUGAGUAACAAUGUGAUGGCCCCUUCAUUUUGAUUUCUUACCCUAUGUUGGAUUGAGGGGGGAAAAAAAAAUCAUGAUCUGUUUUGUUUCUAGAGAACACUGUGAACAUGUGAACUAUCUGCAGCUGCCCUUGGAAAAGGGCAGUGAUUUAUUGAGGAAAACUGAAUUGCAAAACCUUUUUCCUCCCCAAAAUCAACAGCUUGACUGAGUUUAAAUAACUGACUUUUCAUAUCCUUUCAUCACACACAAAGACCUAAUCCUGAGACUACUUGAGCCACCAAUGUAGGCUGUGGCUGAGACCACCACUGAAUGUGCCAUUCCCUUCUCACCACACACAAAACACAUUGACUGCAGCUUUAUGAAGUGAAAAUGCUGAAGGAAAAUGUGAAGGAGGUGUCCACAGUCAUUUCUUUAAAAAAAAAAAAAAAAAAAAAAAAAAAAGAAAGAAAAGAAAAAAAGAAAGAAAGAAAAAAAAGCUGCUGCAUCUGGAUAUUAGGAACAAAAAGUGCCUCAGACUGGAAUAAUAGCUUGGGUCACUUGCUUUCGUAUGUGCACGAGAGUGGAACUGCCGUUCCUUGUUUCAGUACCACUGACCCCUGCAUUUUAGUGUGUGAAGAUGUCAGGGAAAGUGUGUAGAAGGAAUUCCAGGAUCUUUUAGUUUAACAAUGAUGUUGUUAUUUUGUGAUUUCUGUAAGAGGUGGGGUUCUGGGGGGGUUUGUUGUGUUGUGUUUUUCCAGUUUAGCCAGGUUUUGUAUGUAUGCAUGUGUGAGUUUUAAGAGGUAUUUUUAUUCAUUAAAGAAUAGUUCUUUCUGGGUGUUUGCAUGUGUGCAUAAAUAUGUUGUGAGAAAAUAACUAGUGGUGGGAUCUAUGUUAAAUGUCAGCAUAUUCUCUUUAGCCUGAUACGUAGAGCAGGCUUGUAUCUUGGGAGACACCUUUUGGUUUCCCUUCUGCUGAAUCCUGGUAGUUUUGCUUGAUGGGUAGAUCACAAGAUUCUGCAGCUGUGCUGAGGUUUAAAUGAAAAAUAAAUACAUUAAAAACAGUUGCCUGUUGGCACUUAACUACUGAAGUCUCACGGAACUUUUUUCUCUGUGGAACUGAUGUUCUAACUGUACAUUCCCAAGAUGCAUACUGCAGUGCAUCUUGCUAGUGCAUAAUGAAAGACCAAUUAAAACUUAAAGAAAAAUAGUAAAGGUAUAUAUUUUUUCAUUGGUUUCUUUUGAAGCUCUGAUUUCAGAAAAGGUUGAAAUGAUUGUUAUGAUAAAAAGCUAAUUUCUGAUAUAGUCAUUUGAUAUUUGUAUGUGCUUUCAGUUUUGCUAUUUUCUUUGAAAUAAAAAGGGGUUAUACACUGUGUUGUUAAAAACAAACAAACAAAAAGCUGUCCAUCCUGCCUGCCUGGUCAUCAUCAUCCCACACACACCCCCCACUCGCCCCAGCCCCCCAAAAAAGAGGGGUGGGAGGUUGAGGAGGAAGAGGAAGCUUGGGUUGCAUUUGUGUCUCCAAGACCAACGUGCAGGUGCUGUGAGUUUAGCACAGACACUUGUCUAAAUAAUGCAGUUCUUUAUUGACCUUUCAUUUCUCUGUCCUUGAAUGCCUUGAUUGUUAAAUCCCAGUAGCCAAUUAGUCUUGUUGAUGGUGACCAGCAGUGGAGAUAAUCUAUGCCAAAGCUAUUGCUGGUCUUUACUCUGUACGUGUCAUUGCGUUCCUUUGAAUGUAAGGAUGAGUGUCUUGCAUCAUACAGACUGCAUAUUUACUCAAAUUGAUGGUAUGCAUAUAGGAUAGAAUGUGUAAAGUCUGGUGUCACUGCUAAUAGGCAGAUUCCUGUUUAUACACGGACCUCAGUUUUCUAGGGAAGGCUAAAGGUCUGUUCUUACUAUAGCGGUCAUAUGUAAUCCAGCCCAAUCCUUUCCCUCACCCCAUUUUUUUUUUUCCUAUUUACAUUCGUAUGUAGAAUUUUUAUAAGAAUAGAUAUGCAAGUCAUUCUCCACGUAUUAGUGUCAAGGCAACAGAUAUUGCAGUAACAAAACUUAAUUUCUGUGGGAACAUCAUGUAACUUUUUUAUAUUUUAGUGUUUGUAUUUACUUAGUAUUAAUGAGAUUGAAGAUGUUAACCCCUUAUCUAACAUGGGAAAGAUGAUGA